AUGAGUGCAGUGUCAGCGCAAUUUUCUAGUUUGUACAAACAGCUGGAUACGGGACUUCAUUCCUUGUCGUCUGAAGCCAAGAGAAGAAACUCUGAGGUUAAACAUGCAAGUGAAAAGUCUCUCAAGAUCUUGAAGACUGUACAUGAUAGUGGUGAUUUUCUCAGACAUCCAGAUUUUGUGGUACCAUUUGUUUUGGCUUGUUCGUCUCGAAGUGCCAAAUUGACCACUAUUGGUCUUCAAGGUUUACAGAAUUUAUCAUCUACCAAUUGUAUCCCUAAAGACCGAUUAAUUGAAGUAUUAGAUGGGUUUAUUGAUGCCACGCAUUUGGCAAUGGAAAUUCAACUGAAAGUUUUGCAGGUGGUGCCCAUUUUUUUCAAAACUUACGCUAGAUACAUACAUGGACAAGUGUGCAUGAAGUUACUACAAUGCUGUUCUGUAUUACUACAGCUUCCACAAAAAUCCUCAAUCGUUGCCAGUACUGCUAGUGCAACUUUACAACAAUUAGUAGAUGAAAUUUUUGAACGACUCUCGUAUAAUUGGGAUGACAAUAGCAAAAAUACUGAGGAAUUACAGGAAAUUUAUGAUGUUUUGAUCAAUAAUAAUGAUACAAUCAAAGUAAAUACUUACAGAUAUGAUGCCAAUAGGUUGUUUUCAGAUCUAUUCACUUCGAUGGAGACUAAAUCCACUUCAAAUGAGAUUCAAACAAAAGAAAUGUUUAUUACUGUCAAGGAAAUUCCAAUAGAUUACGGGUUAGAAAUUCUCGAAUCCAUCUUAAAUAAUAACAAGCAACUUUUUCUUCAAUACGAAGACCUGCAAUUUUUAUUGAGAACAAAGGGUAUACCGCUUUUACUACGUUGUAUAUCAGGGCCAAAAAACUUUUCUACGUCAGUGAGAAGUUGUCGUUGUAUCAAAUUACUAUUUAGAAAAGAAUAUCUGCCAAUUUUGGAAUUAGAAUUGGAAGUCAUAUUUUCUUUAUUGAUUCAUGGCUUUUCUACAAGUUCUAAUCUACCACCAUGGCAAAAAGUUCUCUCUUUGGAACUAUACAAUGAUAUGUCCAGAGAUUUUGAAAUGAUUAAUGCAAUUUACACAACCUACGAUAUUUAUUCAGACAAAAAACAUAUAUUAUCAAACAUACUGGAAGAAUGUAAAAAACUUCUAGAUUCUGAUGAUUUUGGCAAUCUCCUGGCACAUUCAAAUAUGAUAGAAAAAAUAGACAUGCCAUUGAUUUUACAUGAGUCAUCCGUUCCAAAAACUAAAUUCAUACAUUUAUUGGAUAAAUCACACGCCCCCACGAUUAAUCACACAUACAUAAUUUGGUUGAUACUCUCCAUAUCAAAUCAUUGGUCUGAAGGCCUAAGUACCUUGGUAUUAUCGUCACAAAACAAGGACACCGCCAAUGCUACCGAAAUUUAUAACGGAUUAUUUCAACACUUAUUUGAAAUCCACAAAUUAUUUCUUUAUUCAAGUGCAUUCGACACCAAUAUAUUCCAUGCUUUGGUGAGAGCUUUUCAAAAAUUGGCCCAUGGGGCAGGUAUACUUGGCCUCAACGAAGAAUUGAACCAAUGCCUCAGUUUAUUUUCAUAUUCGAUUGUAAAUAAUGUCGACAUCCUGAGAAACAAUUCUGAAGAUAAAGAGGAGAUACAAGAAAAAACUACUUCAUCUACGGCAGGUGUACUUAAUGCUAUAAGCGAGACGUUGAUUGGCUCCACUCCCCCCACUAAACAAAUAUCAGACGCAAAUGAAAGGAAAUCGCUGCACCCUAGACAGCUUAACUCAAAACAUAUAAGCUUAUUUAGAGCAUUGAUUUCUUUAGCAAUCGCGCAGGGAUCGAGUUUUGACAGUGCUAAUUGGAGAAAUACAUUUGUAACUUGGCAAUGGGUAUCAUAUUUCAUAUAUGGACCAUCUGUUGACUUUAUGGAAACAUUUUACAAUCAAGAUGUGCCUCCCGCUCCUAAAAUAUCCAAAAAUGAUGUGACAAAUAUUGAGAACAACAUUCUGAAACUUUUUGAAACAACAACGUCAUAUUCACAACCAGCCUUCAAAUGUCUAGUAAGUACUUUAAUUAAAUCUUCGAACAAUACAAUUUUCGUCGAAGAUGAAACCACUGCUUACUCCCCUGUAUCACAAGAAGGUGAAGUGUUUAAUUGUAUUUAUAAUAAAGGUUUUUAUGUCACACAAGUUGGAGAGAUAACUGCAUACAAUCAUGGCCGGUUUUUCAGUACAGAAAAAGGCGAUCCUUCAUGGCAACUGCUAGUUGACCAUUUCGUCUCUUUGAUAGGCAGUCGUGAAAUAUCUAGUAGUUCUCUGCGACUAUACAUCACUAGAGUAUUUACUGAUGUUAUCAAGAGCGCAUCUAGUGAGGUUGCUAACAUUGAAGAUCCUAGUCUGAGAACAGCAACCUUCGACGGGGCUGAAGAAUUGAUGGCAAAUGCACUGCUCAGUGUAGUAGACUCAUUGAAACGUCUAGAGAUUGGUAAAAACGAAAUAUAUCAAGGUACUUUGAAUAUUGAAUCCGACAUACUGCUUCAAAUUCUUUCCACACUUAAAGGGAUAUUAAACGAGGUGGGUGAUCUUUUAAAAAGUUCUUGGUUUACAAUUUUUAGCAUUAUUAACUCCCCAUUUGAGUUGUUAAAUAAUGAUGUAAUAUUUGCCCAACUAGAAGACACAGACGAUUCUUCUUUAGUCAAUGGUAUAUUUCAAAAGCAUCUUGGAAUGAUCCAAGUUGCCUAUGAUGUUUUCAAGUUGAUAUUUGAUGACCUUUUACAAACGAUUCCGUUAAAUGUCAUUAAAAGUGUGAUCGACACUUUAGUAAACUUUAUUAACCAAACUCGUGAUUUAAACAUAUCGUUCUCUUCAAUUAGUCAAUUUUGGUUGAUUGGCGAUUAUCUCGGAAGUCGGUAUAAGGAUCUGAAUGAUGAACUUGAUAACCCCAGCAUAUCCUUAAUCAACGAGACAACUAAAGACGAAAAGCUUAUCGACUUUAUUUCAUCCAAGAAUUCAAGUCCUAAAAUUUUGUAUAAUGGUCUGUGGUUGUAUUUACUAAGAAACUUGGUAGAAUGCUCUAAAGAUUCAAGAAUUGAAGUUAGAAACGGGACCAUUCAAACUUUUUUUAGGAUAAUUGAUUCUCAGACAAAUUCUUUACCACCAUGGGAUGCUUUAUUUGUCAACGUACUCAAGUCUUUAUUAGAUGAGGACUUAACAACCGAUGACCUAACUGCCUAUGUGGAUUUCUAUGACGUAGCUAUAAAGGGGCUUGUCAACCUUUAUCCUUUGCAUUUCAGAUAUUUUGGUGCUGGAACCAUUUGUAUCGAGGCCUGGCUUGACCUGUUCAAAUUUCUUGGAAGGUUAUUCUUGUCCGCUGCAACUGGGGUCAAAUAUGUUGCCAUUAGUAACUACCAACAACUAUUGCAGUCCAUGGUUCUGUUAGAAAACAUUCCUGACGUUGUUCUUGAUAAAAGUCGAGAUUUAUGGUCAAGCUACACAAUUAUUUACGGAGAUACAACAGAUCCAAGUGGGCAUACUGGUAAAAGUGAAUACGACUGUGUCCUUGAACUCAUAAGAAGCUUCCCAUAUCUUUAUGAUUUGAUGGAUAAAUAUAAGAAGAUAACUUAUGACUUCAUGGGGCAGGUUUUGAAUUCAUUUAAUUCUGCAGCUAGAUAUCCACUUUUGCCAGAACAUUCAAACGAUCAAACAAGACCGGCUGCACUACAACAGGCAAUUCUAGACGCAAUAGACGCAAUAAAUGUAAAAGAAUCGAUAGAAAUAACUCUACUAAUUAUUGUACAGCUCAGUGCGUUUAGCGUUCUGACACUUGAUACAAGAGAAAAAAUCGAGGCAAAACUGGCACCUAAGUUAUCAAAUUCAUCUAGAUCAAGAAUUCCGACAUUUGAAGCAAUUAGUUACCUUUCAUGUCAAAAACUGAAUAAGAGAAUUGAGGUAUUGGAAGAUAAUGCAAUUCAAAUGUGCAAGGAAAAGCAAAUGAUGAAAAUACUACGAAAUUUAGCGGAUAUAAUCCAAAGAAAGUUGUUUAUUAAUUUAAAAAACAACUCUAAUGAUCCAAUUUGGGUUGUCGCUUCAAAAUCAUUCAGGGAUAUUUUUAUGGCGAUAUUUGUGAACAACACAUCGCAUGCUAUCUCCAAAUCAUCUCAAAUCAUCUUUUGUGGUGCAUUUGUGAGUGUAGUUGUCUCUUUAAUUGAAAAAACAGAUAAUCCAAAUGCUAUAUCAACAGAAGUGCACGACAUCUCCGAAUAUGUUGAAUUUCGUAAGAUUUUCCUUGAUUCUAAAAUUAUAGGCAUGUUCAAUGAAGAACAACUAAAGGCUAUAUCAUCGUCAAUUUGGACCGGUUCUUUUAUUUUCGAACUUGAUGAAUUCGAAAAGGCAUUGUUGAGCGGUUCUGAAAAUCUUCAAGAUGUGUUAGAGAGUUUAUCAGUGUACGAUUUUGAAGAGUAUUUUGGCUCCAUAGUAGAAGAACCGCUGUUAACAAAGAAAUAUCUCUCCAAGAUAUGUAUGGAAGAUCUCAGUAAACUUAUAACAAUUUCUGGGGAUUCAUUUAUUCGGUUGAUGCAGGCAGCCGCACCUUAUUUUUUAGUCAGAAUAGGCUUAGUUUUGAGAAGAUAUAUUUCAAAUGAAAAUUUACAAGGUCGCGCUCCACUAAGUACCCUUCGUAAAAUAGAGAUAAAUGUAUUACUGGAUGGAUUCUCCCAAGUUAUGGAAUAUGCCUUAUCAGAUACGGAUGCAAAGGAGGCUUUGUUUGGAAGUUUAGUGCUUCUGUACCCUUUGAUAUUGAAAACAAUUCCUGUUUCACAUAAAAUUGAAGGUUUGCAGGACAAGGUUUUGAAAAUAUCCCUUGCUUAUACAAAACUGAUGUCGCAGUCAAGCUAA